AUGCGCGCCCUUCAGUCGGCCGCCGAAGCCAGCGUCCAGGCUUUAUUGCAAGACAAUGCCAACUGCGUAGCGCACGUGCUUCAGAGCCACUUUUUCACGCGCACGGCGUCGCCGUCCGUGUCUUCCAGCUGGGAACGGGCCGCGUCUCGCCCGCCAAUUAACGUCAGUCCGUACGUCCACACGCGCGACUGCGGCGGUCGACGGCGGUCCACUGCUGCAAGUUGCGAAGCUGUGCUAGGGACGCUGCAAGACGCGAUGCACGCCCUGCACGCGGACAACACGAGCAGCUACCGCCGGGUCGAGAGCGAACUCUUUGGUGCCGACCGUCUCUUGGACGCGUGCGUGCUCGAGACGCUCGUCGCGCGCACGAAAGAGACGCCGUAUCGCUACGUCGGCUUGAAACACGUCAAGUACCAGUCGUUACUAGAUGACGAGCGGCACGCCGAGGAGUUCCUCCUCCUGGAGACCGCGGGGAAGGGCGUGCACCCGCACUCGGGCCACAAGUUUGUGUUCAAGAUGCUCCGGUCGGUCGACGUGCCGGAAAAGGAAUUUGAAAUGCGCUCGGCCAACAGCCACCACGCCCAGUUGCAAGUCCAUCGUGGCGCGAUCCACGCGAUGCUCUUGGUACUUGCCGAGACGAGUCACCGUGGCAUCUUGAAGAUGAACUUGUGGCUCGAUGUCGAGCUCACCAAGUGCACGGAACCUUUCUACGGCGCCUUCUCGAGUCUCCAUGACGCCUACAGUUUGUCGAUCCGAUACCGUCAAUUGGUCGAGACGUACGCGGUCACAAGUGGCGAUGCGGCCUGUGCCGCCUCGACGAAAACGUCUCGAUUUGAUCUCCUUGCGCCCCGAUCGGACCGCGAACGCAAGUGUCAAACGUGUCAACGAGCGCUCGGGUUCUUCUCGAGGAAGAAGAAACAUCUGUGCAGUGUCUGUGGCAUCUUUGUCUGCUCGUCGUGCUUGUCGUCCACGUCGUUCCAGAGCUGGAAACUCUGUGGGCUAUGCUACCAGCGGAACAAGAACCUCGUGAACCGGACGCGCGUGUCCAAGAUGUCGUCUCUUGCAUCGGGACUGGGCGGCACGCUCCAGUACAUUUCCAGGAUCGGACGCAGUCAUAGUCGCCAGCGCGACUCGAUUCUCUUUGCAACGGCUGAAGCUGCGGGUGAGUUGCCGCCGAACCCGAUGCAGGACACGAAACAGCGACCGAGUGAACGCUUUGCAAAUCGGGACGCGACCACCAGGAGACGACGGAUCGAUGACGACGAGAUGCUCUUUGAUAACGAGAUCAAGCCAUUGGCGAGGAGCGUCGUGGGCGUCCGUCGAGCUGUGCAAAGUGGAGCAGCACACGGGGACUCGAUACGUGGUGGCAAUCGACCUCAGCAGCGAGGUCAGAACAGCUUAAGUAUGAGCCACGUCGUACCGAGUGAACCAAAGCAUCGCACAAGGCUUCAGAAGGCUACAAGGAGCAGUUCGUAUGACCCGUGCGAAGACUCGGGCAGUAGUCGAGAUGUCAGCGGUUCCUCCUUUGACGGUACGAACGGAUCGUUCCGAACGAGUGAGCUCAGCAGUACGCCCGUCCAGAUCAGCAGAGGAAGCAGCAGCUUUGUGGAGUCGAAUGUUGAACCAGUGCUGUCUACCGAUACCAAGACAGCGGGUGGCAGUACGACCAGUGAUAGCACCACGAGCUCCGGAAGCGUAGAGCAACCGGGUAGUCCGACGCCGGAGCCGGAUCUUCUACGGGUAGGUCCGCAACGCGUGCCAGCUCCAGCUCCAGCUCCAUCCAAGCCAGUUGAGCAGCCACGGGCAAACAACUACCCUCCUCGUCGGGCCAAUCCGUUGCAUUGCGUACCUCACAGCGACCACCGAAGAUCUCGUGGCAGCAACUCGUCCCGAAGUAGCAGUUCUUCGUCUUCUCGUCGAAGUCCAUCGCCGUCAUCGUCCACUCGACGCACUGCUUUCAAGGUAUGGGCGUCCGCGUCUGCUGGUCCACGCAUGGUAUCUCAGAAGACGAGCUCGUCAAGAGAGAUCGCCAAGUUUGUAAAUGAUCCGGACACUACACAGGUGCCGUCCGAUUAUCUCACCGAUGACUUUGGAGCUCCUGAUAAACGAGGUCGCAAGGUGGCAAACUUGACCGAACUCGACGAUCAGCCGCAGCAUGGCCGACUCUAUGAAUGGAUCUAA